AUGUACCAAGAAAACCCGGAUCAUGGAGUCGAAUCCCAAGAACCAAUUUCAGAGCCCCAAACCCCCAUAUCCGAUGCCCUCCAACCCCUCGCAACCUUCAUAAUCCUGAACCAAACCGACCACAAGCUCCAGAGCCUGACCGCAGGACCGGGAGUACGCGGGAACGGCCAAUGCAGCCCUUCUUCAAUUGGCGACAUUUACCCCUCCGAGUCAGCACAAUGGACAGUCAUAAUUAAAGACUCGGAGCAACCGCGGAGCCAUGUAAACACUCAAAUGGCAUGGUUAAUCGUUACGAAAACAAGGUUGCCAGAUUGUCCGACUGUGGGGCUUGAAUGGAGUUGUUUUGAAGAUGGGGAGCAGGAGGUCCAAGGGGAGGUCAAUGAUAUCGAUGAAGAUGCAUAUGAGGGGGAUGUUGAAGAAGGGUUUGACGAGAGGGGUAUUCCGAAGUAUGUUUUUACAGUGCGGAACAGAAAUUAG